AUGGCGCUCCCAUGGGAAGUGAUCGUUGCGAUCGUGCUCUUGCUCAUUUUCUACGUGCUCUGCCGCGUCCUCCAGAACUACGUCAUGUACACACGUCACGGGUACGAGCCGAUUCCGGACGCAGAGAAGCCGGGCUUACCGUCAAGCCCGUUCAUGAUAGCGACGUAG